UAAAAAUGAAAGUAAUUGGAUGAAUAGUGUGAAAAGGAGUGAUGUUGAUAGGGUUAAGAAAGAGCAAAGAGAAGGGUCCCGCAACACGUGGCCUGUGUAAUUUCAUCUCUCUCCUCUCCUAUUCUCCAUAUAAGGAAGAGAGAGCCGGUGGAAAAAUAAAAUAGCAAAUCCCUAAAAAUUCAAGCAGAAGCAACACACACUCACAAGAUUAUCUUGUAGAAGAAGAUGGGACUACAAGGUCAACUCUCGGACGUUUCCUCCGAUUCAAUCCCUCUGAUGCUCGUCGCUCUCAUCGCUACUUUCUUCAAACACCUCCGCUCUUUCUUCCUCCGCUUCUCCUCCUCCUCCGUUGUCGUCGUCGAAGAAGAUGCUUCAGCCUCCUCCGUUUACUCCGGACUCGCGAACCUCGCCGACCAGCUCAAACUCAACCGACUCUUGUCAUACCUCUACGCUGAUAACGCCGCCUCCGCAUCCUCGGAUUGCAUCGUGUGUUUGUCUACACUCAAGACCGGAGAACAAGUGAGGAAGCUGGAUUGCAGACACGUGUUCCACAAACAGUGCUUGGAAGGUUGGAUCCAGCAUCUCAAUUUCAACUGCCCCUUGUGUAGAUCUCCAUUGAUUCCCCACGGAGGAUCUGAUUCGAUCCCUCUUGUCACUACUGCAUCUCGUUAAAUUUUUUCCAUUCACUAUGAACAAAGGAAAAGAGAGAUGAAGAGUUUGGGGGGCUGUUUUUGAUCUCGUUGCUUUCUCCUCUUUUCUUUUUUUUAGGGCUAUUUGUGUGAUUAUUAUUUAUAUAUUUUCGUUCUUUUUUUUUCCCAGGAAUUUCUCAGAUCGGAGAGGUUCUUUUGGUUUUGUUGUAAAUUUUUAGUAUGAAAUGUUUUGUUGUUCAAAAAUUAGAAAAUCCGAAAGCUUGCAAUA